GCGCCUCCCGCAGCGCCCGGUGGACCCCGGCCGGGGCCACGCGCCCCCCACCGCGCUUCGUCGCCUUUCUCCUCGAAAUUCCUUAUUUCGGGGGGGAGGGGCAUGCAGUGAGGACCCAGGGCCUUGGCCCCUUGCGAUCCAGCGUGGAUCUGUAUGGAACCCUGCGAGAGCCCCAGACCCAAGGAUGCCCCCCACCCCGCCAUGUUGGCCCCAAACUGGAGAAGGUCGUCCCUGCCCCCGCGGGUUGGGGAUGCAGGCCUUGAGCAAAGGAGCGGAGGGUUUUCGCCUGCGGGCGGCCCAGGAAAGGGCCCAUUCCGCGUUUGGUGGGGAGGGACUGCAGAUCCAUAUCCCCCGUGUGGCCGGCCUCCGCGGGGGCCCCCACCUCAGGGUGCUCCGCGGGCCUCUGCAGAAUAAAGACCAUCCGGCCGCCGGCUGCAGAGGCAGCGGCGGGUGCUGGGGGAGGGGCUGGCACUGCCAGGCUGAGAGCAAGCAGGCUCCCUCAGCCUGUCCGCCCACCUUGGCGGGGAGGGGUACCUUCCAGUCUGGCCCAGAGGCGAUGAGGCUGCAGUGGGCCCAGCCCCCCCCCCGUCAGGUCACCCUCCUGGGACAAUUUGCCUCCUGACUUGCUGCUGCAGAAAUGUACCGGCUUCUGCAGGGUGGGGGUUGGGGGCCUGGGUGCUGCGGGGAUUGCGGGGUGCAGGGGGAGCCCGUGCAGUGGAGGACGGAGGUGGUAGGGUCUAGAGGUGUGCUGCAGCUUGGGGCGGGUGUGGGGGUGCUGCAGGCUGGGGGGGCAGUGAUCUGCGAGCCCCCUGCCCCUGGGGGUCUGAGUGGGGUCCGAGGGAGGGUCGUGCACUCCCCACUACCUCCCUCAGACCUUGCUCCAAGGGCAGCUGGGGGGGGGGGGUGAGCCUAGCAUCCCGCGCCCCAACCCUGCUCAGGGAGGACAGCCGUCCCAGGAAUUCACUGCUCAGAUGUUUAAUGAGCCUCUGCCUGGUAGAGCAGCUCGAGUGGCCCUGAGCUGGGCGUUCAUCCUGAAGCCUGACUGAAUCCCGCGGCAGUAGGCCAAGGGCUCCAGGACAGUUGCUGAGCGGUUCUGGUCUCCUGCUGCCCUCAGCCCUCCCUCUGGAAGCUCCUGUGCCCCAGAGGCUGCCCCCAGGAAUGCUGGCCUCCAUGCACACGGGUGCAGAAAGAUGCCGGAAGUCACCCGUGGCUCCAGAACCCUACCCAGCGUCGUCUCCUCUCCAGCAGAGGCUGACCUUGCGGCCCGGAUGUUUCAAGUGGACAGAGGGCCCACAGGGGUGUGGAAGCCAGAGGGCAUCCUGGCUGCAUCUCCAGAGGGUGCGGCUCAGAGGGAGGGAGAGGAAGGAGCCAAAGCCACAGCCAGAGGGACAUGGGUCAGACUCUGACCACCCAGCCUGCAUGGGCUGUGUCCUCCUCUGCCUGGCCCACUCCAGGCGGUGACUGCUGGAUGUCCCGGGACGGCCCAGGGGCGUAACAUGGGCGGACAGUGACCAGAAGUCUUGCAGAUUGGUAGGGCUAGAACCACCCAGUCAGGAGCAGGGGAGACCUAGAAGUGUAGGGUCCUGAGCGUGCCCUCCGUAGGGAUCACAGGUGGACACCUCCUCCCGCAGGCUCUGCCCAGACCCCUGUGAACCGAGGGGGCAGAGCCCCCCACCCUACUGUCUCCCAGGCCUGUGCCCUCCCCAGACCAAGUUGGCUCUGCUUGGCCUUGCCACAUCACAGAGAGGAUGCAGUAAAGGUCGGCUUGGACCCUUUUCCAUUUAGCCCAGAGGAAUGAGGGGGCCAGGAUUAGAGCCUUUGGGGGUCCCUGAUGAGAACAGGUGAGGGAAAAAUGAGCUGACUUGGUGUGAGCCACCGAUCAGUCUCUCUCCUGGCCUCUCUGUGCAGCCGUUUCUGCACCCCCCAGGGCACUGGGUCACAGCGAGCUGGACAUCUCAGCAUUCUGGGGACCCCCACAGCCAGGUCCUCCCGAGGGCCUGCCUGUGUAUGCCAGGUACCAUUUGGGCUGGAGACACCUCUCUGAGGGAGAGCCACUGUCCCCCAUGGCUGACAGUCCUGACAGUCGUCUCCAGAGGUAGUGAGCUCCCCGUCACUAGGUGCGGAGCAGGAGAUGUUGGUGAAGGCGCCGUCGGCAGGGAGUUUUCUGGUCACGCAUGUCCCUUGUUCAGAGAUAAGAACGUGCCCCAUGGAGGCCCAGGGAGCCCUUGGUGUGAUGAGAUCUUGGAGCUGCCCCUGGGUUCGGGUGUCCCGGGGUUUGGGGGAGAUCGGCGUGCAGAGGGUGGGAGUGACUGCGCCCAGUGACCUCACGUGAACACACAUGUCUGCGUGUGAGUGGUUGCACGAGGGGCCGGCCUGGAGAAUGGGAAAGAGGCGAGCCAACAACGUGUGGACAGUGUGCCGAGGGUCCCGUCCUGGCACGCGGCACAGAAACCAGGCUGUGCCGUGAAUGUGGCCUUCCCGGACAAGGGGUGGCUGCCUGCAGCCUCCCGGCAGGGGGGUGGGGGGGGCAGGCAGGUGCGGAGGGGCCUCUGGCCUUCCAACCGGGAACUGCCCAGUCUCCUCAGUGAGGAGCCCUGUGAUGGCGGUCUCUGGGCUUGUGCCUCCCUCCCACCUCCAUCCCACUGGCGCCCAGGCUCUGGAAUAGCAGGACACAGGUCCUGUGUCCCCUCAGUUCCCAAGAAUGGGGUCUGGGCUGAGCCUGGAGUGGGUCCUUGAAAUCAGAGAGGCCCAAGACCUUGCAGGGUCUGUGUCCUCUGUGCCCACCCUGCCUGUUCUAGCCGCAUGCUUCAGCCUGAGACUGUGCUAAGCUCCCCCUAGCCCCGCUGAAGCUCUGGGCCCCGGAUCUGGGCGCAGCAAGUGAAGGUCCACCCCCAGGAGCUUUAGAUUCACUCCCAGGAGGCCAGCUCCGUGCCAGACGGCCCCUGCAGGAAGUGCGCCUGGGCCAGACCUCGGCCCUUGGAGAAGGCAUCCCCGAAGGCGGGAGGUCGGGAGCCUGUGUGCUUGGGCCCUCGGGGCAAGCAAGGAGGGGUGGGGCCGGGUGGAGCAGAGUGCGGUGGGGCGUGCUGGAGGAAUGUCACGCCUGGGCUUUGGGUCUCCUGGUGACGCCAGGCCCCAGCUACCGGGCACCUGCAGGCAGCCAGGAGUGGGCCGCCGGCCGCACCGCCCGCCGGCCGCGAGCUGGUGCCGCAGGAGCAGCGGUUGCCGGGCGCCGCUGCGGUCGCCAUGGCAACGACGGAGGCGCUAACUUGCUAAUGAGUCCCCUCGGCUGCAAAUAACAAUACUAUAGCGGAUCGUGGGGCCGCGCUGGAGAGCUCCUUGAGGGAGGUGGGGCUGAGACCAGGUCUGGCACCAUGCCCGGGCCCUCUGCACUCUAGGCCACAUCCCCGGCCUGCGGAGCAGCCCCUGGGCACUUCAGGGCUCACCCCUUCCCCACUGCCCCCGGCCCCACCAUGGCAGGGGACCGACUCCCUCGCAAGGUGAUGGAUGCCAAGAAGCUGGCCAGCCUCCUGCGGGGCGGACCUGGGGGACCGCUGGUCAUCGACAGCCGCUCGUUCGUGGAAUACAACAGCUGGCACGUGCUCAGCUCCGUGAACAUCUGCUGCUCCAAGCUGGUGAAGCGGCGGCUGCAGCAGGGCAAGGUGACCAUCGCCGAGCUCAUCCAGCCGGCCGCGCGCGGCCAGGUGGAGGCCACAGAGCCACAGGACGUGGUCGUCUAUGACCAGAGCACACGGGAUGCCAGCGUGCUGGCCGCGGACAGCUUCCUCUCCAUCCUGCUCAGCAAACUGGACGGCUGCUUCGACAGCGUGGCCAUCCUCACGGGGGGCUUCGCCACCUUCUCCUCCUGCUUCCCUGGCCUCUGUGAGGGCAAGCCAGCCGCCCUGCUGCCCAUGAGCCUCUCCCAGCCCUGCCUGCCUGUGCCCAGCGUGGGCCUGACCCGCAUUCUGCCUCACCUCUACCUGGGCUCGCAGAAAGAUGUCCUGAACAAGGACCUGAUGACCCAGAACGGAAUAAGCUACGUCCUCAAUGCCAGCAACUCCUGCCCCAAGCCGGACUUCAUCUGCGAGAGCCGGUUCAUGCGCAUCCCCGUCAACGACAGCUAUUGCGAGAAGCUGCUGCCCUGGCUGGACAAGUCCAUCGAGUUCAUCGAUAAAGCUAAGCUGUCCAGCUGCCAGGUCAUCGUCCACUGUCUGGCUGGCAUCUCCCGUUCGGCCACCAUCGCCAUCGCUUACAUCAUGAAGACCAUGGGCAUGUCCUCAGAUGAUGCCUACAGGUUCGUGAAGGACCGGCGCCCAUCCAUUUCGCCCAACUUCAACUUCCUGGGCCAGCUGCUGGAGUACGAGCGCAGCCUGAAGCUGCUGGCCGCCCUGCAGGGAGACGGGGCGUCCCACCCCGGGACGCCCGAGCCCCUCCCGGGCCCCGCGGCCCCACUGCCGCCGCUGCCACCACCUACCUCAGAGAGCGCCGCCACCGGAAGCGCAGCGGCCGGUGCGGCCAGGGAGGGCGCACCGGGCGCGGGUGGGGAGCUGUCCGCGCCCGCCGCCCCCGCCGCCGCCGCCGCCGCCCCGGCCACCAGCGCGCUGCAGCAGGGCCUGCGCGGCCUGCACCUCUCCUCCGACCGCCUGCAGGACACCAACCGCCUGAAGCGCUCCUUCUCGCUGGACAUCAAGUCGGCCUACGCCCCCAGCCGGCGGCCCGACGACCCCGGGCCCCCCGACCCCGGGGAGGCCCCCAAGGUGUGCAAGCUGGACAGCCCGUCGGGGGGCGCGCUGGGCCUGCCCUCCCCGGGCCCCGACAGCCCAGACGCGGCGUCGGAGACGCGCCCGCGCCUCCGCCGGCGGCCCCGGCCUCCCGCCGGCUCCCCGGCCCGCUCCCCGGCGCACGGCCUGGGCCUGAACUUCGGCGACGCCUCGCGGCAGACUCCGCGGCUUGGCCUCUCGGCGCUGUCGGCCCCGGGGCUGCCGGGCCCCGGCCAGCCGGUGGGCCCCGGGAGCUGGGCGCCGCCGCUCGACUCCCCCGGCACGCCGUCGCCCGACGGGCCCUGGUGCUUCAGCCCCGAGGGCGCGCAGGGCGCGGGCGGCCCACGGUUCGGCGCUUUCGGCCGGGCGGGCGCGCAGGGCUCAGGGGGCGGCGACCUGCGGCGGCGGGAGGCGGCAAGGGCCGAGGCCCGGGACGCGCGGACCGGCUGGCCGGACGAGCCGGCCCCGGAGACGCAGUUCAAGCGCCGAAGCUGUCAGAUGGAGUUCGAGGAGGGCAUGGUGGAGGGGCGCGCGCGCGGCGAGGAGCUGGCUGCCCUGGGCAAGCAGGCCAGCUUCUCGGGCAGCGUGGAGGUCAUCGAGGUGUCCUGACGGUGGCCGGGGGACCCAGCGCCCGACGCUCCGCUGCCCUCGGCUCCCUGGCCUGGGCCGCCGGCAGCCGGGCCCACUAUAAAUAUAUAUUAUAUAUAAUGCAAAGAAAGGUAAAUGGUUUUACUGCGAUUUUUAUCGAGAAGUAAAUAUUUCGAUUUUUUAUUUAUUUAAGCUGUUCAUUCUGGCAACGAUUUGGCAACAGUGCCGGCGGCCCCCGGACCUCUAUUUUUACUGUCUGGUAUUUAAACUGAAACCCACGUUUCUAAGCAAUAUGAGGCCACCUUCAGUCCCAAGCUGGGGUGCCAGGCCUGGGGUCCCCUCCCCACCCUCCCUCCCCCAGGAAACACUGCUGACCGUUGCAAAGAGGCUGCCCAGCUUUCGUGCACUUUUUACAUAAGAAAAAGGGGAAAAAGGAGAAAAAAAAAAACUUUGCCACAAACUGAGCCGCAGAACCUCCCUGUCCCUCCCUGCCCCCCCCCCCCCCCCCGCUCCUUUCUGGGCUCUGCACCAAAGUCUAGGUGGGGGAAGUGUCCCCGGGGCUGGGGUGUGGCUGAGGUAGCUCUGCCCGCUGGAGGCUCCCCCAACCACAUGCCUCCCCCACCCCCCACCCUGCCCCUCGCCUGGCUGGUGUCGACCGGCAUCCGGCCUGGAGAGGUGAGGGUGUUUGGAGGGGCUGGGGCUAGAACAGGAUAGGGGCUCGGUGGGGUCGGAUUAUGUGGGUCCCCGGGCAGGGAUGGAAGUGGAAUGGCCCCCACUCCCGCCCGAGCCCCCGUCCUUCCACGGGUUCAGCAGGACUGUUCCGUCCAGCCUUGCUCUCUCUCUGCUUCGCAGAGCUGCCUAGCGCCUCCCUCCAGGAUGGGGACAACAGGAGAAGCUCAGCCCGGGGUGUCAGGUCGAGCCCCCCGCCCCAGCCCCGGAGAGCUGGGCUAGCGAGUGCUGGCUCCCCGGGUCACAGGGCGGAUGGAUUUUGAGUUCUGGGCUCUUCCCCACCCAGGCCCCAAGCCCCAGGCCAGACCUGAAUUCGGGUCUGGUGGGGGUCUCCGUGAGGAGCUGCCUUGCGGCGGCGCGGGGGGGCGGGGGUGGUGGACAGACACUGUGGCAGACACUUCUGCUUCCCGGGGAUGGGGUCCUUAGCUCUGGGAGAGCUGUCUCCAGGCAGAUCAAGGCCCCUGAUGUGGCCAGAUGGCCCCAUGCCUGCCCCCCGCCCCAUGGAGUCCUUGGAGAAGAGCCCUCCCACACUCCCCUUUCCUGCGGAGCUCUCGCCUCUGCAGCCUCCCUGGUAUCCUCAAGGUGAAGGCCAGAUGGCUUUUUGACCCCCGAGGGGCCCUCCUGGUCCUUUACCUCCUGGUGGUAAAGGCAAGGAAAAUGCCCCCGCUGCCCCCUGCCCCACACCCUCUUGGGUCUUUGGGACCCGUGGCUUUUGGAGGCAGGAGCAGAUAUCCUAGGACAUCCCUCAGAUGUCCUAAAGUCCUGGGUGGGGGGGCCGGUCGCCUUGGGAAGAGGCCAGGGGCUUGGCAGGAGGGCAGCUGGGUGGGACCGAGUCCUGGGGGCAGCUGCCCGUGUAGUUGUUUCUUCCAUUUGUUCUGUUGACCUGCGGCCCUGUGCCCCUGUCACCCUCCUUUAAGCAAAAGUCCUCUUCCUGUUCCCCUUGUCCGCACCC